AUGUUUUAAAAUGGAACGGGCGCGAGCGAAACGAAAUAAUUUAAGUUUUUUUACAUUAUUCAAUAAAAUUAGAAAACUAACAGUAAUACUAUUUGUUCGAUAGUUUCGACGGACGACGCAGUUUUUUAAGUUAAUGACUCAAAGCGUGAAAUAAUUAAAAAAAAAUAAACACUAAAAAAGUCGUCGUCGUUUUUUAUUUUUUUUUUUGGAAGAGGGAGGGGGUGGGAAGUAAAAUUAUUUUAAAAAUAAAUCGCAUGUCCACCCUUGAAAAAAAAAUCGGUUUUUGAAUGUUGGCUCCGAUAUUUUCGUUGUUUGUCGGUUCGUUCGUUCGUGAGAAUCUUUUUGCAAAAAGAGUCGUCCGAUUACAGGGAAAAAUUCCUCUUUGUUGUUGUUUUUGUUUUUGAUUUCUCUCUCUCUCUUUCUCGGUUGUAUGUAGGCGAAAGUGUGUGAGUGUUUCUUUGUCAAAUUUUUAAGUAAUAAAGCUCAACUGUCAAAAUGAAUAACCGUCGUUCGGCCUCGGUGGGCGCGUUACCCGUUGAAAAGAAGCACUUUGUGUCGCGAAAUGAGAGUGCUAGCGGUGCAGUGUUGGACGUGCGUUGUGCAUGUCAGUAUUUUGAGAGCGAUUUACUGCUCCCCGACCGCAUUAAUCCCGUAGAAUCACGUCCAACUUCAAAACAGGGGUUUUUGAGUGACAUGGAACAUGGCGAUCACCAUCAAAUGCAUCAGCAGCAUUUCGAUAAUAUUUCAGCGCGAAGCUUUAAUAUGAUGGGAAGAUCUAGGGAAUUCGACAAAAUUUCGACGGCCAGCUUUGGGGGCAGGGGACUAGUUGUAAGGAGUAUUUCAGAUGCCACUGAGCCAGAAAUGGCUGGGGGUAUGAUGGCUGGGGGUAUGAUGGCGGGUCAUCGUGGUCGUCAAAUGUCAAUAGGAGGAAUGUCAGGUGGUAGUUUUGGGGGGCGGGAUCCAGAUGCAGUUUCCAUUCGCAGUGGAAUUUCGUUACGUCGAGUUUCCCGCUCACCGUCACACGCAGAUCUUAUUGUGGCUGAUCUAAACAUACCAACUGGUCAUGUUUCGAGAGGUUUGAGAAGAGAUCUGCCUAGGCACAUUACAAACCUGCCAAGUUCCUCGCCAUCAUCGGCAAAGUUUUCUUCUCCAGAAUUCAGCAGAUUUGACAGAAAUAACGAUCCUAUGGCGAGAAUCCAUCCAACACAUCAUACCACAAGUGCAGGAGAAAACAAGGAAAAUCUUUCGGGCUACACAGAAAACAUGAUGCCUCAAAAUAAGCCUAUUGAUCUUUCCAUGUACGAAGAUCGACAACCCUCAAGUCAGCAUAUGGAAAUUCCAAGAUUCAAUUUAGUUGCACCAACUCCAACGCCAACAAUGGAGAAUACAUCAUCUCCUGAUUUUACCAGAAGGAAUGUAUCCUCAGAAAGGCCGGGUCAUGUAAAUUGGCCAGAAGGAAAUGUCCAUAGCCCGUCGGGACAUUCUGGAAAUAUAAUGCCACAGAAUACAUCAUCUCCUGAUUUUACCAGAAGAAAUGUAUCCUCAGAAAGACCGGGUCAUGUAAACUGGCCAGAAGAAAAUGCCCAUAGUUCGUCGGGACAUUCUGGAAAUAUGAUACCACAGAAUAAACCAAUCGAUGUUUCGAUGUAUGAAGAAGGUGGUGCAUCUAGGAGAACCGAAGAACCCAUGGUUAUUUCAAAUCUGGAUGCAUCCAUGCAUGGCCAUAGUAUUUACGAUAGAAGAACAGAUCACUCAUCAGAACGAGUCCCGCACAAUCAAUGGGCGCAAGAAAACCGACCUAUGCAACAACAAGAAAACGUUAUGCCUCAAAAUAUGCCCAUUGAUGUAUCAAUGUACGCAGAUCACCCACCAGGGACCAUCACCGAGCCUAAUGGUGUUUCAAAUAGAACACCUGCCAUUGCACCUCGUAUUUCGGCACCACCAUCAGCGCCAAGUUUUGGAAGAAGAUCUCCACCCACGGUCGAUAUCUAUGACCGAAAGACUCACGAUUUCUCAGGAACCGAAGCCAGCCAAAGUCGGCAAGACCAUCAUCAACAACAGGGAAAUGUUUUACCACAAAAUAUGCCCAUUGACGUUUCCAUGUACGAAGAUAGAGUUCCAGGGGAAGCACCUCCGGUUAAUCAGCCAAUGGAUGUUGAUGUUAUAGAAGCUGUGGUAGAAGUAAGAGAUAAUAUAAGAAUUGAUAGGAUGUCCCCACCAUUGCAACUUAAUGUUCCUGACCUCUCGCCUAAGGUUGAAAAUGAAACACGAAUUGAGAUUCGAAAUUUUGCGCCUCAGCCUGACCUUAGGCCGCUGGAUGAAAUAUUGGCUGAUGGCCAUGAAAUUGGCAACUUAGAACAAUCAAAAGAUCCAUACACGCAGUUCAAUAGCCAUUCAUCUCCACCGCCACAAGGAAGCAAUCUUAAAAGGCAGCAUCAAUAUGAAAGAGGAAUGUCUCCAGAGAGUUCAAAUAAAAAGCAACUUGUGAACAGAGAAGAAACUCAUGAAAAGAGAUUGCCUCCAAAAAUGCAGCAAACAAAUUCAGAGGAUUUCCGGUACAGAGGGUUAGACAUUUAUGAUUCAUCAGUACAAAGAGGUACUUCUCAACCACCAAUGAUGGGGUCGAACCAGUCGGCAACCUAUAGCUCACAGAUUUUCCAGACCACUGCAUCACCUACUUCAACGACGAAUGAUAUGGCGCAGAGGCAAUAUAUGCAAUAUGAGUCCUCUCCGAUCUUUGACAGAGGCUUAUCUCCACCUCGGAUGGAUCAAGGCUUCCAGAGGGGUUCAUCGCCAGCACCUUCCACACAUAAAGAAGACAGACAAUAUGCACAAUAUGAAUCUAAUGAGUCCACCGGAAGAAGUUUAUCACCUUCCCGAAUGGGGACUCAUUACACAGACACAAGGCAACAUCUUCAAAGAUCAUCACCUCCUGCCUCAAAUUUCCACACAGAAACAAUGCAACCCACUCAAUCUCAUCAAAGGGCUUCAUCUCCGAUACCGAUGGAAAUCCAGCAAAUGGAACCAAGGCAACUUUUGCAAAGAGGAUCACCACAUGGCGUUUCAUUUAAACGUCAAACUGACCCAAGUCCAUCCUCCCCACAGAGAGCACCGCUUGGUGGGACACAAUCCCUUCAAAGAGCAUCUUCCCCAUCUCCAGGAGUAAUGAAAGCUGGACGAGUUUUAAAUUUUAGACGUUCUUUCUCUUUGGAACGAAACAAAGAUUUGGACACACCACUCGAAAGGAAACCAACAUAUUCCUCUAGAUUUAUGUCCAUGUUCCAUUCAAAGAACACCGAUGCGGCGGCAGCCAAGGCCCUGCAAGAGAAACGUAGAGUGUCUGCAGAUCAUGUUCAAGAUAUUAAACGUGGAAAAUUUAUGUCGCUAUUUCAUUCAAAAACUCCGGAUCAAUUAGAGAAAACGGAUGUCAUAACGCCAUCGUUUGACAAACGUAAGCUCUCUGCAGAUCAUAUUUUGCACAUGGAGCGCGGAAGAUCACUUUCGCCGGGAAAACACACAAAACCCGAAAGUUCACCUUCGCGUUUUAUGUCAAUGUUUCAUUCAAAACCUUCCGAUCCAUCGGUUAAGCCAUCGGUGGAUAGCCCUCCAAAUAACAAUCUUGAAAUGCCAACAAAACAGCAGCUUCAAGUUAUUGAUCCGGGAAAACCCCCAGUUAAACAGCCAAAACCUGAAGGUUCACCUUCAACAUCCAGAUUCAUGGGUGUUUUUAAACGCGAGAAAGUAGAGCGUUCGGAGGCAAUGUCGGUGGUCGAAGAACCGUCUCAUUAUGGAAAUAUGUCAAUUCAAAAACCAGCAGAUAAACCUCUACUCACGGUCAAAGUAACUGAAACCUUUUCCCUCAAAGUUGACGAAAUGGAUCAAUAUUCCGCGCACCCACCUAAGUCCCCUUCGCCUUUGCGUCAGACUCGUAUGUAUGCUAGUUCCGAUCAAUUGGGUCAUAACCAAAAUAGACCCAUUCAAGAUGCCAUCUCCGAAUCAAUUGCCUUUUCUGCAGACCCAUCCACACAAGAACCCUUUGCGCCAAUAGUUCUAUCCACUUCCCGAUCAAGUCAGAUGCAUCUUGUGGCAGGUGAUCGCAGAAGUUAUAUGUCUUCUAGUCAAGCCGACAUAAGUGGUUCUCGACGAAGUGAUUUAAAUGAACUGAUCCCUCCCGCUCCAGCACAAAUUAUCACCGUCGGUAACAAGAAACUAGUCUCCGUUCCCAUCGCGGUCCCCGAUUACUUCGAUUCAGAAAUGACAAUUUCCGAAUUUAUGCGCGAUGAGCAUGAAAAUCAAAGAAAUCAAUCGGAACAACAAUCGCGAACAAAUCUUAUCCGAGCUCCUUCAGAGCAACGUCUGGCGCGAUCGAAACUCCUCCAACGCAAAUCCCAUGAUCGUACUCAAUCCCAAGAUCGUGCAGCGGCUUCUGAAUUGGAUAGUCUCAGUUUAGGGACACGAUCAAUGACAAAAACAGUUAGUUUUAACUUUGGUGAGCAUGGUUCCCAUUUAGACAUGGAUUCGUCUUCCAACAAUCAAUUAGAUAAAAAACAAUGGCUUGAAAGGACAUACUUUUCCCGCGACCAUGAAUACGAACCUAUUGGAGAACCUUCAACGGAAAUUAAAAAAGAAUCAACUCCCGAACCCCCAGCUCAAGUAUCUGCCCUUAAGAAAGAACUAUCUCCAGCACCGCCUUCGUCCGCCGUGCCACAAGCGGAUCAACAAGAACUAUCUCAUUCAGAAGUGCCACAAUCUGCACUCGAUGCUUCAGAUGAAACACCGUCAAAAUCUGAUGAGCUUAAAGAAGCCGAAGAAUUGCAAAAAGAUCUUGAAGAUCGUUAUUUCAAUUCAGCUGCCACAACAUCUCAGCAAGAAUCUCAAAACGAUUAUGAAACGCAAACAAGCCAAAUGGACUCAAGUGCCUUAGACGAUAUACCAAUGGAAGCUGAGAAUAAAAAGAAAGGUUUUAUGGCUAAUGCUCAAGACAAAACUCGGAAAAUGCAAGCGGGGCUCAAGAAUCAAGCAGGCAAGAUCAAAACGAAAUUCCGAAGUCAAAAGAAAGCGCCAUCGGGAAGCCCUAAGGCUGCAACCCGAAAACGCUUCAAGGCUCCAGAAUUCUCUAAGAUGAAAAUGCCUGAGAUGAAACGCCCUGAGUUCACAAAAUUCAGCAAGCCCGAUAUGUCUAAGUUUAAACUGCCCGAUAAGUUCUCUUCGUUGAAACUUACUCGCAGUAAAUCGUUUAAGGAACCAUCUGAGAUCGAUGACACAACAGUUUCAGGUACAACUCCUGAAUCUGCCGCCGCCACUGCACCUCCCAAAAAACAGAGAUUCGACUUUAGCUUUGGUACGUAUCCAAGAGCAUUUAGGAAAAAGCCAAAACCUCAAGUUGUUGAGGAGAGCACUGUGGAUGAGCCAAGUGUAAUUCAAAGCACUGAAACUCAACCAUCAGCAGAGUCCUCAAGCACACCUCAGGGCGACAGAGGACCAGGCCCAGUCAGAUCACGAUGGGCCGAUAAAUUCUCUGAUGUAAGCUACAACGAUAGCGAAGGCUCACGGUAUCGCCGCUUCGAAAGCGAACAAGAUAGCUCAUUUGACCGAGAAUCAUCAAUGGAGCGUCGCAUGAAGGAAGUCCUUGAGGAUAAUGCAAAGGAAGAAGCCGAGCUCGCUAUGUUGGGUGUGGUGGAGCAAAAGCAAUUCGCAGAUUACGAUGAGGAAAAUAGGGUUAUUCAUGAAAUAUCGAAGAUCCGUGAACGCGAAUUUAAACGGCGACCCAUGGUGCAUCAGGACUCAGAUUUGGUGUCCGAAGAAGGAAGGGACAUUGGUUGGACUCAAAGGGAGGCCGAAAAGAAUCAAUUCCUCCGCAAAGCCGAGCUCGAAGCCGAAUCACAUCUGAAGCAUCACACCGAGAAAGAAUACCAUCCUGAUACUCAAUCAACUGCAAGCUCAAAACGCUUAGUUUUCGAAGAGAUCGGUUCUGAUGAGUUCCUCUUGCGGAAGAAGGGUGCCUCACAAGAAUUUAGCAUGGGCAAACAGAAGUAUCUGGAUCCAAAUUUGGAAACAGAAUACGACAAGUCACCCAAUCCUCUCGAAUUGAUUGGCUCACAAACAGCUAGCCUUAAUGGCAGUAGCAUUGACCGUAUCGACUACGGCUACGAUGUACCACCACCCAAGCCAAGACGUUUGAGUCAACAACAACGUCAACGUCAUCGUUACGACUCGGAAAAUGCUUCUCAAAUUGAUGACUAUGGCGAUGAUAUUUCCCUUUCCCAAGCCGGUAGCGAUUACUUCCGACAUGCACCACCAGCUCGUCCGUUGCGCAAGGGUCGCUUUAAGAACAGUCAGGACAUGUCCAUCGAAAGAACACCUUCAAUACAAUACGACGAAGAUGACUAUUCCCUACGGAAUAAGAAUUUCGUCGAAGAGGAAAAGGAGAACAUUCAAGAAGAACAACGCAAUGAAUCACCAAUGCCACCACAACAACCACCACAACCACCAAGAAGGCGUCGCAAGCAGUUAAGAGAUUCCUUGGAAAAGGAUUCUUAUGUUAAUGGAUUCGGAGGCAGAUCCGUGUCAAAUAGCUAUUUGAGGGAAGACAAUAAACCAGAGGAAGUGAUCGUCUACCGUACUGAGCACGAAUACAAUAUACCUCUAGCAACUCCUGAAAACUACACCGACACCUCUGUAACGACCCGAAAAUCUAAGUCUCUAUCUCGUCUUGGUAUCGAUGACGAUGAUCGAACUUCACAUGGAGCAGACUCUUUAACGUUGGACUUUGCAAUGCGAGAGGAAAAUGACAAUAAAAAUCUCAAUGCUGAAGAAUUACAUGAAAAAUACAUAAUUGAGAUGAUGGAAAAUGAUGGUUAUGCUGUUGUACGUAAGGAAAACUUACCCAAACCAACACCGCCGGCAAGACGUAAAAAAUUCACCCGUUCACCAGGUGAACGUUUUGCCACAAUGCCACACCAACGGAAGGCUUCACCUUCAUUGGUGGCAGAACAGAAAAUCUCAACUGGAAACUACAGCACAAUUGGCAGACCAACUCCACCAAGGAGAAGGUCGGCCACGAGCUUGACUGCUGUUUCUCAAAAGGAUUAUGGAAGUCAAGAUUUUACCGAUUAUGAAGAACCCGACCUCGAUGAACGACCAGAAUCUCCAAGAAAUCUUCAAUCGGGUGAUAUUAUAAAUAAAAUGAAAUACCGACCAUUGCCGCCGCCACCUCGUCCUCCUCGAGAGAAGAGACACUUAUAUAGGGAUAGGAAUGGCGGGGAUGACAAUGACGAUAUCGAAAGUCGAGACGAUCGAGAUGAUCGUGAUGGUGGCGGUGAGAGAAUCGCUUAUCAUGAAUUACACGAACAAAGCAGCGAUGAUUACAAUCAACAACAACAAGAAAAUGUAGAGGUAGAAGUUUCUACCCAAACCGAUCCACUGCCCGAUGAUUUUGUAUGUGAAGAAUUUGAAAUCACUGAAGAUAUGAAAAUCAUAGAACCGAGAAGAACAAAGACUCUUGACGAAAUACUCAAAGAGGAAGAAGAAGCUGAGUUAGAACGUUCUAAACAAAUCGACGAAGAGAUUUUAGCCAGGGGCAUUCAAAGAUUCAGGGAGGCGAGUCAGAGAAGUGCUUCGGAAAGAUCUAGAGCAUCAUCGCAAGCAAAGUCGCUUAGUAGACCACAGACACCUUCUGCCAUUCUCAUAGAAAAGCGUAUUCCAACGCCUGUUCCCAAUGCAAAUGGCCAGACAGUGAUUGAGGCCUCACUAACGGUUCAACCUAUCGAUGAUUUAGAUUUGGAAGAGGAAAUUCUCCGACGAGAAGGUCUUUACGAUGGCUCACACAGCAAAUCCGAUGAAGAAAGUCGUUACAAGGAGGAAGAGAAGCAAAGUUCACGGGCUGCAUCCGAAGAGGAAAAUGCAAGGGUCGAUGAGGAAGUCCAAUCUUACACUCGAAGCAGUGAUGUUGAAAGUCAGCAUCAGGAAGAAGAAGAGCGUGAACUUGAAAUGGAACGUCAACGGGAACAAGACAUUGCAUUCGAGGCCGAACGAAGACUACGUGAAGAGGAAGAGAAACAAAAACGUCUACAAGAGGAAGAAGAAGAGGAAGCCAAUCGAAGACUUCAAGAAGAGGUAGAAGCCGAUGAGAGACUGUUAAGAGAGCUGGAGGAGGAACAAAGAUAUUUGGAAGAAGCUUUACUGCGACACGCAGAAAAAGAAAAGGAAUUAGAAAGAAGAAUACGAGAGGAGGAGGAAGAAGAGGAAAGGAAGAGAAUUUUAGAAGAGAUUGCAAUCGAUCAAAGACUACGCCCAGAUUCUCAGUCCGAAGAGCACGAGAGUUACGACGAGGACCAAAACGAAAGACUUAAGUCAGAAGAUUCUUACGAACUCAAGUCUGAAGUAAGUGAAGAAAAAGAAACUACACCACUACCAUCUCCGUCAAGUACUCAACAACCGCCCCAAGUAGAACAAGAAGUAUUAGUUUCACAAGUCAAGAAACUUCUCCUAACGACACCUCCAAAAGAAGAAUCACAAGAAAGAGAAAAGACACUCAGUCCACCUCCAACGGCUCCGCCAAGAAAACGAUCCACAGCCGACCACACCGAAUCACUCUCAGUCGCUGAACAACCUGCGCCAAUUCCAUUUACCGGAGUUAUGCCCAGCCACUUGUCGAUAGCUGACCUCGAGGUAGAACGUCUUAGAGUGCAUGCCCUCCAGGCUGGCCAGAUAAUGGUGUCACACUUGCAUGGUGCUCAAAUUCAAGCCGAGGAACUAGAGUGUCGAUCAGGAAACUUGGUGGUUAAGAAUAUCGAACUACCGCCCGGAUUUAUCGAGGACAUCGUUGAGAGGGUGCGCAGUACCGAACGGGAACACGCUCAAGCUUCCACCCAGACCAUUGCCGAAGCCAGAACACAAACCGAAACAGACUCCAUCCCACCACCUCCUUUGCCAUCCAGAGAGCCUGAAAUUCCUCCUGUUCGACCACCUCCUCCAUCAGCUGCCCACUUCUUGCAACUUCAACGCGAUCAAGACGAAUCUCCUCGAAGUGUCCAUGUAACAGACUACCAUUUGCAGACAAUUCCUCCAAUCGGAUUCUACAACCAUCUGCAUGCAGGUGAUGAUGGCGAAUUAGCUGCCGGUCCUCCACCAGUCUAUCGCCGACGACGUCACCUUCGCAGACGUGACUCUUCAUCCGAGGAGGAACAUCAGCGCCGCCGCAGCCGAAGCAUCCGUCCAGAACAACCUCCCCAAAGUGUGGCCCAGGCAGGACGUCAAUUCAUCUCAGCCUGCAGUCUACCACUCGUCAACAUCAUAACUCAGCUGACAAACGCUUUGCGUCCCAACAACGACAAUAACAAAGACCAGGUGCAACCAAGGAACAUAUCCACAGCAGUAGUGCUUCUGGUAGUCAUGGCUUUAAGCUUCGUGAUUUACCUAUUGACAGGCAGAAAUAUACACCACCAUCAUUGGGACUACUUCAAUCCGCCAGGAAACGACGGCAGACUGUCGUAGGUUUUUAUGAAUGAGGCAGUCUCUUCUCGAUCACCACUUAGCCUUCUUUACUGCAUUUGUUAACUUAUUUUCUCAAUUUAUUUGAUCAAUAAAUAAUCUCGCAUCCUCCGAAUGCGUAAUACAAUAAUAAUAAUUAUCAACAUUACAACAAAAACAUCUUCUUUCUAUAUUUUCUAGGGUAAGAAGAUGUUUUUUGAUUUAAUUUUUGUUUUCUCUGUUAUUUUUGCUACGAACUACAAAAACAACAAAAAACAUAAAUUACAUAAAACCAUAAAUAAAUAAUUAUUACGAACAAAAACAAAAAGUUUAAUUUAUAUUUCAGAUCAUUGUACGAUUUUUGUUUGUUUAAUUAAAAGAAUAUUUUAGCAAUUAUUAAAUUAAAUAAAAAAAAAACAAUAAACAAGGGCAAAAUAUUAAAAAUAUGUAUACUGUUAUGUUGUUUUAAAAAAACCUAGAUACGUUAGCUUAAAAAUAAAUAAAAUUAAUUUAUAAAAAUAAAAUCAAAAAAAAAAUUGGAAUCGAAAGAAAAAUAAAUAAAUACCUUUAUUAUUAUUAGA